AUGGCCUCCUUCCUACUAUCCCGCACAACCACCACCCUCCUAGGCACCGGCCUCGGCCUCGGCCUCGGACUCACCUUCCACCCCUUAUCCCCCUUUAGAGCCGCCCCCAUGCAAUGCCAAUACACCGCUCCCUACUACCGCACCGACGCCCAGAUCUCCCCGGACUCAGGCUGGGCCGUGGACUCCCAGGACCCAUUGCUGCGCAAGCAGGGCACAACGAAAUCCGGGAGUGGGAUCCUGACAGCCUCCAAUAUGCGUCAGGUUAGCUUGGGGAGCGUGCUGGGACUGGUGGUCGGGAUGGGGUUGAAUGCGUUUUCGAGGGUGUUGGUGGUUUUGUUGGGCUUGGGGAUUGUUGCGGUUGAGUGGGCUGCGGCCAGAGGAUAUAAUCUGCUUCCGGUCAAUACUGUUCAGAAGUAUGUCAAGCGGGUGGAUCUGCAGAAGGUCGUGUCGCAUCAUAUUCCUUUCAAGAUGAGUUUUGGUGUCACUAUGGGGCUGGCUGCGUUUGCGCAGUUCUAG